AUGUCCUUUUUAGAUGAGGCUCAGUCAGACGUGCCGCUUCUUUCGGAGAAGCACUCUGGUAUCCCGGAAUUCCUACUAGAGAAAGCUCGCGAGGCUAAAGCCGGCGUCUUUGAAACAAGAACAAAACCCAAAGCCACAAGUGACAGACGACCUGUUAUCCCUCCUGGUGUUGAAGAGCAGGUGUUUGUUACUGCGCUUGGUGAACUUGAGAAGCAGCUGGGCCAAGAUAAUGUCGAACGUAAUAACAAGCCGUUGAAAGAUGGAUGGUACAUGGAACAUCCGAAUACCCAUGACUUGAUGACAAUCCUCGAUGAAGAGGAAUUGGUACCAUCAGCAAUGGUCUAUCCUGGAAGUACCGAAGAAGUCCAGCAAGUUGUUCUAUGGGCGAACAAGUACCACAUACCCAUUUCCCCCAUUUCAAUGGGUCGAAAUCUGGGAUAUGGCGGUGCAGCUCCUCGAGUGCGUGGAUCCGUCCUUGUUGAUCUUGGCAGACGCAUGAACAAGAUACUUGACAUUAGCCCAGAAGAUUAUACGUGCCUUCUUGAGCCGGGUGUCUCCUUCUUUGCUCUUCAUGACGCGAUCAAAAAAAAGGGAUACGAUCAUCUUUGGAUUGAUGUUCCAGAUGUCGGCGGCGGUUCCGUCAUAGGGAACACUGUAGAUCGCGGCGUUGGAUACACGCCUUACGGAGACCAUUGGGCAUGCCAUUCGGGUUUAGAAGUUGUACUUCCAACGGGAGAGGUCAUCCGAACUGGUAUGGGCGCUCUUCCGGGUAACAAUACUUGGCAGACGUUUCCUUACGGGUUUGGCCCAUAUUCCGAUGGAAUUUUCUCGCAGUCUAACUUUGGCAUUGUGACCAAGAUGGGAAUGACGUUGAUGCCGAACCCAGGCGGACAUGAAGGUUUUAUGUACACCUUUCAAAAGGAAGAAGACCUUAACCAGCUAAUCGAGAUCAUUCGUCCGCUCCGAAUUAGCAAUAUCCUAGAGAAUGUUGCACAACUGCGCCAUGUCACGCAAACUAUCGCAGUCCGCGGUAGACCGCGAACCGACUUUUAUAAAGGUGAGGGUACGAUUCCGGAUAGUGUGGUCCACGAGGUUGCGGCCACUCUACCCAUUGGUGACCAUACGUGGGCAUACUAUGGCAUGUCGUAUGGCCCCCCGCAUAUCCGCCAGUAUAAGCUCUCUAUUAUCGACACCGAAUUCAAGAAGGUCCCGGGUGCUCGUCGGAUUGAUCCGUCGACGCUGCCACCAGAUGAGUAUUUUUGGGCUAGGGACCGCAUCGCCUCAGGUACUCCUGAACUCCAUGAGUUACGUUGGGUCAAUUGGAUGCCCAACGGCGCCCAUAUCGCAUUCUCGCCUGUCAGCCCAAUCCGUGGCACCGACGCGACCAAGUUAUUCGAGCUAGCUAAGAAAAGACAUGACGAAUUCGGAGUUGACCUGUUUCCGGCGUUCUGCGUCGGUCUACGCGAAAUGCAUCUCAUCGUCGAGCUUGUAUAUGAUCGCGCAGAUCCCAAGCGCCGAAAAGAUGUGCUAGACUGCCUACGACAUCUGGUGGAGGACGCCGCGGCGUGUGGGUAUGGAGAAUAUCGAACGCAUCUGGUGCUAAUGGAUCAGGUCGCUGGAACAUAUAACUGGAACGACGGUGCGCUGAUGAAGUUCCACGAGAGGUUGAAGGAUGCGCUGGAUCCUAACGGCAUCAUGGCUCCCGGGCGCUGUGGUAUCUGGCCGAAGAAGUAUAGGAAUCGAGGGUGGGAGAUGACGAAGGCCAGCGGUGGGAAUUCUCAAGGCGAUGGCGUUGCGCCACCUUCAUAG